AAUUGCACAGAUUUUUUUUUCAAAAACCAUGCUGUAAAGUUCACUCACCUCACCAGCAUAGAGAUAUGCGUUCAUGUAAUUGUGUAAUAAUUUAGAUGACGAAAGUUUUGUCUAACUCCAAAUUGUCUAAUCCGUCAAAAUUUAUUAGGAAGGUGCUUUCACGGAAUAACACAGAUCAAGUUGAGCCAUCCACGAGCUCUGACUCAAGAAAUAAUCAUUACGACCAGGAGCUUUCCAGUUUAAGGGAGCAAGUGUCGAUCUUGCAAUUAGCUGUAGAUAGUAUGCAAGAGGAUGUCGAGAAAAAAGAAAGGGCAUUGGUGAACUUGGAAAAAGAAAAACAAGAAUUAUACAUUCACUUAAAAAAAGAAAAGCGAUCUAGUACAAAUUUAAAGCAGCAAUUGCAAGAUGAGCGCGACUUUUACUUUAAGGAAAAAGAGCACUACUGUCAGGAGAUGAACGACUGCAGAAAAUUAAAAAAGAAGCUUAGCGAAUCUAUAAUUACCAAGCACGAAAAGGAGACUAACGUCGAAAUAAGGCAGUAUAAAAGUCAAAUUUCUAAAUUGCAGGACGCUUUAAAUCAAACUUUGGAGGCGAAUUACAAUUUAAGCGUUAAAUUUUUACGUAUGAAGAACACAAAGAGCAAUCUUAAACAUCGCUUGAAGCAACACGAUUUGGAUCAUCAAAGAGCAAUGGAAGACUUAGCACAUCAGGUCAAUGAUGUAAAGAAAAGUUUGGAAGAAAUCACAGACAAAAGAUUUACGUUGCCAAUUUCUCCAAGUAACCGAAAAUACUUGCAGGUAAUUAAAGAGAAUGGACUACUGAUGUAUGAUAAUAUGUGCUUAAAAAUGGAAGUUGAUCGCCUAACCGAGAGAAUAGAUCGAAUGAAAUACGUGCAAUCUAACAACGAUUUAAAACAGAAAUACAAAUUCAUCAGUAGGAACGCGGCAACACAAACCGGGAAGCAUCACCCACGAAAUGAUCUAAAUUGUCUAGAGCAAGAGAAGGCCGAUUCUAAAGUGAUUAAAGUUUUUGAACGAACAGAAACGUUGGGCACACCACAAAUCAUUAUGUUAGGAAACGAUGCGCCGGGAAUUCGCACAAAGCUGGAGGAUGCAGAACAUAGAGCAAAUAACUUUGAGCAAUGCUCUUCUACUAGCUCUAGCUUUCGUGCCCAAUCUGCACCAGACAUUAUUUAGUCCUCAGUUAAUUGUAAGCAUUAAUAGAUUUUUGAUAUAGUACGCUA